AUGUGGGAUGUGAUAACCACAGGACCUAUCAUCGUAAUGAUGGUAAACACUCAAGCUGCUGCACAAGGAGCAUAUGCAGAACCCAUGAUACCCAAGCCAAAAUCUCAACUCAAUUCAAAUGAGAAAAGUCGAGCAAAUCUGGACAACGUGGCACGUGACAUUCUCUACAAAUCUCUGGAUGACUCCUUAUUCCCGAGAGUACGGAAAUGCAAGACUGCUAUGGAAAUCUGGAACGUUCUCAUGAAUCUGGGAGAAGGAGACGAGCAGGAGAAAGAUAACAAACUCACCGUGGCCAUGAAGAAAUUUGAAGAUUUCAAAAUGAUGCCCAGCGAAGCUAUCACUGAAAUGGAGCUCAGAUUCACAAAACUUAUGGGUGAUCUCUCGGACCUUGGAAAGGAGCUAACUGAAAAGGAAAAGAACUUAAAGAUCCUUCGGGGAAUCCCAAAAUCUUGGGACAUGAAGGUUACAGCCAAGAGAGAUCACAGAGAUAUGAAAACUACAAGCACGAAUAAGAUAUUCAGUGAUUUUAAAGCAUAUGAAUUCGAGCAUGAGCCGAAGGAAUCUGAAGAACCCGAAACAAGGAAUAUAGCCUUGGUGGCUAAUCAACAAGCAUCAACGUCUAACAGAACAAUUUCCAAGACUUCCAACGACCAUCAAACUGAAGACAACACGAAAGAUCCCCACAAUCAUCAAAACAAGAAACAAUGGACUCGCAGAUGCUAUGCUAUAACUGCCAAAAGCUGGGACACUUUAUGGCGAACUGUACGUCCACAUCCAAUAGUCAGCAAGUAUCAAGAUAAUAGUGCAAUCAAGAACUUGUCAAAAGAAACAAGCGAGUCCACCAAGAGAAAUGAUAAACUAGAAUCAUCGAAUUCUAGGAACGAAAGAAGACGAAGAGCCAUGGUUGUGAACGAAACAGUUGAAACCAUUGAAACCGAAAGUAGCUCUUCAAGUUCAAGCUCAGAUGAUGAAAGCACCGAAGAGGAAAAAGGGCUCCUAUGCCUAUUCAGCCAAGAAACCAAUGAUCUCUGCCUAGUUGCUGAAGAUGAUGAGUGUACAGAAAGGAAGAUGCGGGAGCAACAAUUGCGUGAGGUUCUUGAUUCGUUCAACAAUUCAUCCAAUCUAACGGACCGAAUGGUGAAUGGAUCAAAACCGCCUGGGGAAAGAACCAGAAUUGGUUAUGACCUCAGCUCCCCUUCACAUGUCGUAUUGAACAAACCCACAAACGUCUAUUCUCGUGAGAGUUUUAGAUCUGCGAAGGAAAAUUCUUUGAAAGGCAAUCCUAGGCACAAAAAUGCCAAAUGGAAUGGACCAAAAGGUAAUAGAUCCAAUCUAUACCAUAAAAAGGGUCAGCCUACAAGGAACGAUCAAACAAGGUCAAAACCGAAUGUUAAUAAGAGGCAAUAUCAUUCCAAGCCUACACAAAAGGAUCCUCUACGAGGAAAUCCGAAAGGUGAACGCAUCAGACAUGCCGAGAAGUCACUUAGAAGACCUCUGUCUGGCAACGGAUGGAGUGGACCAUCUGAAGAGGAUUGGCUUGUUUAUCCCGAACCUUUGUCAAAAGCGCAAUUUGAGAAAAUACAUCGGCAUAAGCAAACCAAUUAUUCUAAGCAGUAUCAUAAUCCACCAGAUGAUUACUUUCAAGAGCGAUACAAAGCCAAAACCUUUGCUAAAAUCUUUUAUGAUUAUCGUGUUUUUAAUGGGUACAGAGGAUUGAGAAUGAGUCGAGUUAACUCUAGGUUCGUAUGGAUCCCAAAAUUGACCUCUAACUCCGAAGGCUACAAUGUCAAAUUCUCCAAAGACAAAUGCAACGUUGUCAGCACGAGAGAUGGUGAAACCGUUCUUACAGCCAAGCGAAAGAAAAACAUAUACGUUGUAUCUUGGAAUUUAUCUAAUGCUAAUGUUUGUCUUGUCGCAAAGAAUAAUGGAGAUCUAAGCUGGGAAUGGCAUAAAAAAUUGAGCCACUUAAAUCUAAAGACCAUCAACAUACUAGCCAAGAAAAAUCUCGUGGAAGGCCUACCGAAAUCAACCUACGUUAAAGACAAAAUUUGUGAGGCUUGCCAAAAAGGAAAGCAAAUCAAAACUUCGUUCAAGUCCAAAGACAAAGACAUAAAUUCUCGUCCAUUAAGUUUAUUACAUAUGGAUCUAUUUGGACCAGUCGAUCCUGCGAGUCUGAGUGGACGAAAGUAUACUCUUGUCAUAGUGGAUGACUACCCAAGAUAUGCUUGGACACUUUUCUUGAAGAAGAAGAAUGAAACAGAAGUAGUACUACUUGAUCUUCUAAGACAACUUCAGACUAAAAAGGAAGUCAACAUCAUAAGAAUUAGAUCAGAUCAGGGAACCGAGUUUGUAAAUAAAGUCAUCAAAGAGUUCUGUGGACAAAAUGGCAUAUUCCAUCAACUCUCAGCACCACGUACUCCACAACAAAAUGGAGUGGUUGAAAGAAGGAACAGAACCUUGAAAGAAGCAGCACGAACUAUGAUCGCAUACUCUGGUCUGCCUAAACGUUUUUGGGCUGAAGCCAUCAAUACAGCAUGCUACACACAGAAUCGAUCAUUGAUCAACAAAGUUCAUAACCUGACUCCAUACGAGCUAUGGAAAGGUGCUUUAUUCACAACAAUGGGAAAAAUCAUCUAA